AAAAAAUGGACGACAAAACAAAUCAGGAAGGGUAAAAGUUAGAAUGAGGUUUAGGGCUGAGUAAUUAGUGAUAUUCGAGGAGAAAAUCACAACAGUGAAUGGAUAGGUGGCAAUUAAGAAAUAUCAAAGGGGGAAGUUUUUGGGGAAAGGAGGAUUUGCAAAGUGUUAUGAGGCUACAAACCUUGAAACGAAGAGGGUUCUUGCAGCCAAGAUUAUUGUUAAGAAUAGUUUAACCAAGAAUAGGGCCCGUUAAAAAGUAAGUUGUGUUAAAUGAGGUUAGCUUAUUUCAGAAAUAAAAAUACAUAAGAGUUUGUAGAACACAAACAUAGUGCAAUUUGAACAUGUGUUUGAGGAUCAUGAGNCAAUAGAUAAAAUAUUCAAAAAAUAUUAAUAUAUUUUUAUAAAACAUUAGAAUCUCAGUAAUUUAUAAUUAUCUAAUAACAAACAUGAAAUUACUAGAAUAUAAGAUUAAAUAUUAAAUUAAUACAUCGCAUGA